AUGGCUCGCUUACACUGGGCUCUCACUUGCGCCCUGGCCCUGCUCAUCGCCCCCGGGGCCCUGGGCGCGUCCCUGAAGGCCGGCGGCCUGACAACCUCUGACCGCCGCGCCCUGGGCGAGCAGGCCGCCAACGCGCCGCCCGUCCUGCGGAUGGGCGACAUGACCCUGGUCGGCGGCCGCGUCCCCACCAUCAAUGUGGGCGGCCAAUCAAGCGUGUACGGCAACCUCAACAGCCGCCACAACGGUGGCAUCACCCUCAGCGGCGGCGCUCUGGGCCCCUUCCAGAACGAGGGCGGCAAUGUGUACAUCGACCAGUGGAGCAGGCGCCGCAUGGCUGAGCAGGCCGCCGCAGCCGCUGAUGCCAACAUCAUGGCCAUCGGCGGCCGCACGGCUGGCUUUGCCCCCUCUGAUCGUGCCCCCAUCACCAACUUUGGCGGCAUGACCACCUUCACCAGCGCCGGCGUGGGUUUCAACGGCGGCCUGACCACCAGCUUUGACAACUUUGGCAACCCCGUGACCAACGAGGGCGGCCGUGGCCAGAUCUUCCGCCGCCUGGGCGAGCAGGCCGCCGCCUCUGCCGCCGCCAACAUCAUGGCUAUCGGCGGCCGCACGGCUGGCUUUGCCCCCUCUGACCGCGCCCCCAUCACCAAUUUUGGCGGAAUGACCACCUUCACCAACGCCGGCGUGGGCUUCAACGGCGGCCUGACCACCAGCUUUGACAACUUUGGCAACCCCGUCGCCAACGAGGGCGGCCGUGGCCAGAUCUUCCGCCGCCUGGGCGAGCAGGCCGCUGCCGCCACCAUCAACGCUCAGGGUGGCAGCACUUUCAUCGGUGGCGCCAACCCCACCAUGGUCUCCGCGAGCCCUCCCGCCAACGCUGGGGCGGCCAUGAACCAGGCCAUGGCCGCUUUUGCGCAGGCGCAGCAGUGGGCGCAGCAGGCCGCAGGCGGCAGCAGCGAGCAGCAGCAGUGGGCGAAGCAGAUGAUGGACGCAACGCCGCAGAUGCAGCAGUGGCAGCAGGCGCAGCAGCAGCGGCAGACGGCUGUCGCUGCUUCGGCGGCCGUCAAGCCCGGCGACAAGGGGAGCGAGCAGGGCGCGCCCAAGGGGUCUCCUGCUCCCAAGGGGUCUCCUGCGCCGGCGCACCACCCGUGA